AUGACGGUUGGUGGAAGGAAUCUGGAUCUGGUUUGCGAGGGAGACGGCGACUCAGCAGAAGAAGGACGUGUCUCAGUUGGGUCACAUCAGAAAACUUUUGCCGCGCAAUGGCGAUUCGACGCAGCUUCAACGAUCGCUUUCGGUACUGGUCAAAGCACAGUCACAGGCUUCUGUGACAUAGUGUGUAAGGACGAGGAAAGCGACGUGCCUAGGCGAAAGGGAAGAAGCUACGCCUCGGCAAACCAACUGGUACGCCCAGGGGAGGGUACGAUUUUCAUCCGUCAUCGACGCGAAUACGGCGUACCUAGCGACCAUGAGCGGCAUCGGGUAGAGGCGACUUGA